UACCAACCUUGGGGCCCUCACUCUUUCCAACGGGAGCUGACUAGGCACGUCCCUGGUGGCCCACAAAGCAGCCAAUGGCAUCUCGCCAUCCCUGCAUGCACCUACAGGCUACAGUACGCACACCCCAUGGCUAGCUAGGCCGUAGCUAUAGCUUUGGAGAGGUUGGCCUUCAGGCCUUGGCCAGCCAAAGACAAGAGCAGAAGAUUGGGAUAUUUCUAUCUCUAAAGUAACUGACACAAGACACAAUGGAAAGCAAAAGCAAAGAAGAGAGAGACAGAGACAGAGAAGAGAGAUGGCUGCAUAGCUUCUUGUGUAAGACGAGAAGAAUCCAAGCAUUACAUGCACAUAUUGUAGUCACCCAGACUUUGCUAUAAAGCCAGACUCCCUCCCCUGCCCCUUUCCCUCCCUCUCUCUUCUUCCUCUCUCCUUGGCCAUUAGCCAUUGGCACCAAGGUUUUGUACAUUUGUAGCUGAUCAUUCAUUCACAUAGCUAGCUAUUGAAGCAAGGCUGGUGUGGCUGUCCGCAUUUUAGCUUUGGAUAGCCUUGCCUGCCUGCCUAGCUCCAACCAAUCGUUUGCCGUGAGAGUUCUGAGAGGAAGAAGAAAGCAGAUAUGGCACCCGUGAGUCUGCCGCCGGGUUUCAGGUUCCACCCCACCGAUGAGGAGCUCAUAAUCUACUACCUUAAGAGGAAGAUCAACGGGAGGCAGAUAGAGCUUGAAAUCAUCCCAGAGGUUGAUCUUUACAAGUGUGAGCCGUGGGAUCUACCAGAAAAAUCCUUCCUUCCGAGCAAAGACCUGGAAUGGUACUUCUUCAGCCCUCGGGACCGCAAGUACCCGAACGGAUCAAGGACAAACCGCGCAACCAAAGCUGGGUACUGGAAGGCAACCGGGAAGGAUCGUAAAGUAAAUUCGCAGAAGCGUGCUGUUGGUAUGAAGAAGACCCUUGUGUACUACCGUGGUCGAGCCCCUCAUGGCUCUCGCACUGACUGGGUGAUGCACGAGUACCGCCUCGAUGAGAGGGAAUGUGAGAUCGACAAUGGCUUACAGGACGCGUACGCACUGUGUCGGAUUUUCAAGAAGACUGCGCCCGGGCCAAAAAUCAUAGAGCAUUAUGGCGUGGUGCAGUACGACACCGAGCAGCCUCAGUGGGCGGCGAGCAGCGUCGAGCGCUCCCCGACGCUGGACGUGUCGUGUGAUGGAAGAGGUGGAGACGACUUCGAGAGCAGCAGCUUCUCGUUCCCGACAGAAGCGCCGAUGGCAACAGGAUCCAUGCACGGCGGUGGGUUCGGGAUGCAGAUGAUGGGGGCGCCUCACGAGGAUGGCAGGUGGAUGCAGUUCCUGAGCGAAGACGCCUUCAACGCCACCAAUCCUUACUUCAUGAACCCGGCUACCUCUAACUUCUCAUGCAUUCCAUCCAAGGUGGAUGUAGCACUGGAGUGUGCAAGGCUGCAGCACAGGCUGGCUCUGCCGCCAUUGGAGGUGGAGGAUUUCCCGCAUGAUGUCAGCCUCGAUACCAAGACCGGCAUACUCCGGAGCAACCCCAACGAGGUUGACAUCCUUCAGGAGUUCCUGUCCGUGGCUUCGGCGUCGCAGGAGCUGAUCAAUGGCUCCUGCAGCAGCAGCUAUCCUGAUAUGUGGUUAGGUGCCGGCACGAGCAGUGCUGGUGCUGGCAGCCAUUACAUGAACGAGCUGUCCUCUCUUGUUGAUCUCGGAGCGUCGAAGGCAAAGGAAGAGGCUGACAAUUUCUACCAGCUGUGCGGUAUUGGGGCGUCGAUGAGCCGUGACGAACCAGGUAGGCUGGUUGAGAUCAGUGAAAUGGAGGAGUUCAAGGAAGAGAAGAAGCAGGUGGAGAACCUCAGAGGUGUCAAGCUGGUGAACAAUGACCUUGGGGAGAUCGUUGUAGAAGGAGAUGAAAGCAAUCCAACAGAAGGCAUCACACAUUAUCCUAUAAAAGAUACCGCAGACAAUUCAGGAGAAGCCGGUCAUCACCUGACCGAUACCACUGACGCAGGCGUCAUCGACAUGGCCCCUAUCUUCUCGCAAUCUCAACCUGACGACUUCGCUACUGCUAUGGGUUUCGACAAUGAUGACGACGUCAACCCCGACGCAUCCUUUGAUCUAUACGAGAAGGUUGACGUCCAGCGCGGGCUGUUCGUUUCACGGGUCGGCGCGUCGAAGACAUUCUUCCACCGCGUCGAGCCACCCAAGAUGGUCAGCUUCCACCUGAACCCUGUGGCGAGUGAGGUCGGCAAGGCGAUCGAGAAGUUCCGUUAUCUCCCCGUCACGUCCAAAGUUAGUGGUAGUAGUAGGGUUUCCAUCUUUGGGAAGGUGAAGGCACUCAUCAGGGGCAAACUCCUGACGAGGAGAUCGUCAUCACAGUACCAGAGUUCGGAGACGACAGUGAGCGAGCUGCUGCAAAUCGUGUCGCUCCUCUUGGCACCGAAGGAAGUUACUGAGGAAGAAGAGCCGGUUGGGAAGAAGGCGAAGAAAGUGAAGCCGGGAUGGGGCUGCGAUGGGUGCAACAGUGCGUGGCAGUUUGGGCUGCCCAAAGGGAGCAAGGGCAUUUCCUCCAUGUUUUUGAGUGGGAAAUGGGCAUUUCUAACCUCUGCAUUGGCCAUCCGCGCUCCAGGGCUGUGCAAUCACUGAAAGGUCUUUCGAUUCGACUAUCUCUGAUCAUGACUGUAACAAUAUUUGUUUGUUUGUUCUGCUAUAACCUUGGUAGCGGCGCGUGCGUCUAUUAACUGCUGGUGUAUAAUUGGAGGUUGUCGUCAUUAUUUGUACGUCGGUGUAUUAACCUGUAUCAAAAACUAUUGUUACAUAUGAGUUGUAUAAGUGCAGAUAUAAAUGAA